AUGAGUUCGCCCGAAGAGCAGCCCCUUCUAGCCCCGUCCACAGGCAACAACAUUGUUAACCCUGAGUCAGUAAAUCAACAACAACAAGAAGAGGAGGAAGAGGAUGCAGAGAUGAAGGCCCUUAUGGAGGACUUGAAGAAUAUGAGUACUGAGGGGAUCCAGCAAAGGGCCCGGCUUAUCCAGAAUGACAUACGAGUUUACAAGUCAGAGGUUCAACGCUUGACACAUGAACUCAACUCUAUUAAAGAGAAGAUGAAGGAUAAUCAGGAGAAAAUAAACCUCAAUCGGCAAUUACCCCAUUUGGUUGGUAGUGUUGCAGAGAUCCUGCCUGCAGAUGAGGAUGAGGCCGAUCUUCCCGAAGCAGGAUCUGCAAUAAGCACACUACAACGAAAAGAAAAGAAGGAGAAGAAAUCUAUGGUAGUUAAGACGACCACUCGUCAAACUAUCUACCUACCCAUCAUUGGCCUUGUCCCUGUGGAUGAGUUAAAGCCUAAUGAUUUAGUAGGCCUCAAUAAAGACUCAUAUCUCGUCCUCGAUAAGUUGCCUCAAGACUUUGACUCGAGAGUUAAAGCAAUGGAGGU